AUGCGUGUUCCGGAAAAUGAAACCUAAGGAUCUGACGGUAACUGCCGAGUCCAUCUUUAGCCUCUGCAGCUCUUGGGUGGAGGGAAACUUUGUUACAGAUACAACACGACGCCAUGGGCGAAGAGAAAUUACCGUCGACGAAUGGCUGGGAGCAGACUCUGAGUGACCAAAGAGAGCCAGUUCUGGGUCGGGGGAUAUGUCCAAAUUAUAUGCUGCACCAAGCCAUUGAAAAACUUCACACCAAAACUUAUGCAGCUGGGGACACGACCAAAGAAGAAUAGAAAUGGCUUACCAUUCCAGCACGACAGCUAUGAUGGAGCACUUAAAACGGAGGCAUCCCAUCGUUUCUCUGGAUGAUGAUGGCCGAAAAAAGACAAAGCAAACAAGUGUAGAGGCUUACAUCUUGAAAGGGAAAACGGGUCCAUGCACUCCACAACAGGCAGCCGAGCUGUCCCAAAGCAUCCUAAAAAUGACUGUCAAAGACAUGAGGCCUGUGGCUAUUGUGGAAGGUGAAGGCUUCCAUGAAAUGAUGCAUACAUUCCACCCAGGCUACACAAUUCCCUCUCGGCGCCACUUCACAGAUCUGAUGGAGAAGAAGUAUAAGGCUACUCUUGAGAGUGUGAAGAGCAAAAUAAAGAAUGUUUCAUCAAAAAUCACACUCACCACUGAUGCCUGGACAAGUAUUGCCACCGAGGCUUACUUAGGAGUGACCUGUCACUUUAUCACAGAAGGCUGGAAGAUGUCCUCAUACUGUCUGACCACAAUGCCACUAGAGGAGUGCCACACUGCUGAGAACAUUGCUCACUGGAUAGAAGAGACUGCUGAGAAGUUUGGGUUCUCUCUCUGUGAUAAUGUCCUGGCUAUAGUCCAUGAUAAUGCUGCCAAUGUGGUAGCAGCUCUCAGAAUCUUGGAGGAAAGGCAUGGAGUUGCUUCACACCGAUGUGCUGGCCAUACUCUCCAGUUGAUCGUCAACAACGCCCUGAAGAAAGAUCCCAAGAUAACCACGGCUCUGGGGGCUUCCAGGAGCCUUGUGGAACACUUCAAGAGGAGUGAGCUGGCCAGCACGAAGCUCAAACAGAAGCAGUGGGGCACAGAUGAAAAGAAACUGAUACAGGACGUGUCAGUACGAUGGAACAGCUCAUACUAUAUGAUUCAGCGCCUACUCGAGCAGCGGUGGCCUGUAACCGCCACCCUCUCCGACCCAGAGGUCAAGCCAGAGAGCGAAGCACUAUCUGGAUCUGAAAGGUGACCAGUGGAGCCUCCUGGAGGAAUUGCAGCAAGCCCUUGAGCCCUUUGAGCAAGUGACUGUCUUCCUGAGUGGAGAGGCUUACGCCACCGUCUCCGUCCUACUUCCACUGGUAAAAGGCCUUCAGAAGUCCACACAGACGGCCUUUGAGUCUGCGCCUGUCAACUCCUUCCAAACAGCAGCCGCAGAGGAGAUUGCUUCAAGGUGGGAGAGCGAGACUACUCUCAAGGAUGACGGUCAAAAUGUGUGCAUCAUUGCCACAGCCCUUGAUCCUAGAUUCCGCAAACUAAAGGCCCUGUCCUCAGAGGAUAUCCUGAAAGUAAAGAUCCAACUUCAGAGCCUUGCAAUUGAAGCCAAAACAUGAGUGAGGGAAGAGCCUCAGCAGGAUGACUCCCCCAGAGCCCAGGCAGAAGACCCCAAAUAGAGGCCAAAGUCUGUGCUCAGUGUGCUGGACACGUUGCUUGGCUCAGACGAAUCAGAGGAGCACAGUAGUGCCGAAAACGAUCAAUGCUGAGUUUAUGAGAAUAACAACAGUCCCCUUGGAGACUAAGUUAUUGGCACAGUUAGACAAGCACUCUGCCAAACUAUUGGAGGUCAUCAGGCGGAAGGGGGGAACCGUAAGACAGAAGACGUCUGGUAUCUUACAGUUUUUGGAUGAGACUUUGGACAUCAACACAAGAAGAGAGUGUAUCCUCACAUCUCUGAUGAUCUACCUGGGGGAACCUGUUGAGCACCUGAUCAAAGAAUAUCAGACUUUGGACAUCAACACAAGAAGAGAGUGUAUCCUCACAUCUCUGAUGAGCUACCUGGGGGAACCUGUUGAGCACCUGAUCAAAGAAUAUCAGGUGGUCGGAGGGGCCAUUUGGCGCGAAAUGGCAGCCACGCUUCCCUCAGUCUGCCCCAGGGGAGCUGUGGCUACAAACGUAGCUUACCACCACUGGUAAGAAGUGCUGCAUGUACACACAAACACACACGCGGGGCGUCGCGUCAGAGCGGUGAAGUGAAACAAUAACCUGAAGAUCACCUGAGCUGAUGUGGACUGUGAGUAAGAGCAAUAAAACUUCAAGAAUAAAAAUGCUUUAUAUUCACCAAGAACCAUAGAAGGAGAGUUAACUAUGAUAAUAGAUGUAGAUGCCUACAGCUGCUUCAUCCUUCUCACUUCAGGUAGUAAUCUAAUAUUUUUGAGAUAUGACCAGCUUUAUUUUGAAUAAAAUGUAAUAAUAGAAUUGUGUUUCUGGAGAGGGAAAACAACAAUGUAAAUCAAACCAUACUGUGGAUUAGUGAACUGUCCCACCCUUAGUGAACAUGGAAGCGAAUCAUCUUCCCAAACUGAAGCCAUUCUCUGGUUUCUUCAGGAUUCAGUCAGGAUGUUUCAUGAACUGGUAGCAUCAGUAUGCUACGUUAGUGACUUUGGAGCUUCAUGCAACUUUCAGGAUGUUCCAGAAAAUGAGGCUGAAGAGAUGCAGCAAACUGCCAUGGCCAUCUUGAUCACAGGAAGGGAGGGUCCUCUCCACCCAGCCAGACAUCAAGAUCAUCAUUGAAGGAACAGAGGUUCUCAAUGGUUUGCCCUCAGUUGCAGCAGCUUUUACCAUGAUCUUCGGGCUCACGUACACACUUAAUCUGAAGUAUCCAAAGAAAUUGGAAUCCACCUUUGAGUUUGUGCAAAAAGUCUUGAUGGAUCUUGAUUGCAAAAAAAUGAGCCCGAAAGUUAACAAACUGUGCAGCCAGCUGUACAGAUCAGAGUAGGCAGAGUUUAGUUGCACUGACUCAGUACAUUUGUUUUGUUUCUACUGGUGGUUUAAUUAUGUGUAGAUUUAUUUCCAGUUGACAAUUCAGGCAGUUCAAUAUACGAGGGGUUGAUGUGGGAGGUUCCAGUCACAUUACUGCAUGUUCAUUGCAAUUGUAAGUGCUUUAACCCAGCUUAAGAUAAUACCCUCAGGUUGAAGUCUAUUUAGUGUUAUUUAAAAAUGUUGGAGGAAAUGUGCUGAGCUGACACAAAGAUUUCAGAUCCUUUAGAAAAAGCAGAUUUUCAGUUUUCACUGAAGGACUGAAUUUGCAGUGUAAUAUUUACAGAUAUGUCUGCAAAGGUUCAGUGAUUACCAUUGACUGCACCAUGCUUUGCAGCUCAAAACACAGAAUGAAGUUGUGCUGACUCACUUGAUUCCCCCAUUAGUGUGUUGACUUUUGUUUCUACACCAACACUUUUGAGAGUUUUGUUUGAGGAAAAGAAAAAAAACAUUAACACAAAUGCAUGUUCACUGCAGUAUUCAGUAUUUGUAGAUGGUUUUGUCAAAGUUGUUUACCAACCAUGCCAGGGCAGAGUGGCUACUUGGUUUUAAAAUACUUUUAGUCAACAAAUCCUUUAAAAAACUAAUUGAAUUUGUAUUGCAGUAGUAACAAUUCUACUGUACUUGCUCAGUUCACCAGAGUGAAUAUGUUUUCAUGUUUGCAUGUUUCACAGCUGCAAAAUGUUCAAAACAAUGGACCAAUAAAUACAUUUGUUGUAAAAUAA